AUGCAAAUUGAAUCAGACGUUCAAUUUGUAGCUUUUGGUGUAAAGCCCAACACUAGCCUUAUAGAAACGUUUGACCAAUCAUUGAUCGAACAAGAUACCACACGAGUAAAAGUUAAGUCAACUCUCCAACUAGAUCAUGAUAAUUAUGCACGUAUAUUUGCCCUCGGCGACAUAACAAAUAUUAAUGAAACAAAGCUUGCCUACCGUGCUGGCCUUCAUGCUGAUAUUGUAACUAAAAAUAUUAUUGCAUGCAUUAAUAAUAAAAAAUUGGUUGAAUAUAAACCUGGUCCUGAAUUUAUGGUCAUUCCCAUUGGAAAGAGUAAAGGAGCGGUUCUUUUACCAAUGGGUAAUAUGGUCGUUGGUAGUUUCAUGGCUAAAAAUGUGAAGGGUAAAACUCUCUUUGUUAAUAAUUAUUGGAAAGCAUUGAAUGCCAAACUUCCUAGUGCAUAA